AAGUUCUCUGGUCACACUAAUCAAAACAAAAACAUUGAAAAGCGAUUUUCGUUUUUUAUAGAUUAUUAAACUAAAUUAAGGUAGAAUUAGGACCAUGGCCAGCGGAUCCAGGACAACCAUUUUGCCGCAGUCGAAGGAGGCGCUCUUGAAGUCCUACAAUGCGCGCCUCAAAGACGACGUGCGCAGCAUGCUGGAGAACUUUGAAGAAAUCCUCAAGCUGGCGCGCCGCGAGAGCCACAGCCAGAUCUCUAAGACCACGCAGUGCGAACAGGACGCCCUGGAAAUGCAGGUCCGUGCGGCCAACAUGGUUCGUGCUGGCGAGUCCCUGAUGAAGCUGGUGGCCGACCUGAAGCAGUACCUCAUCCUCAACGACUUCCACUCGGUCAACGAGGCCAUCACGAACAACUCGCAGCUGUUUAGGAACACGCAAAGCGAGUGCGACAAGAAGCUAAUGAAGCUGAGGGACGAAAUGGCCAUGGACCUGUACGACCUGGAGGAGGAGUACUACACCAGCAUUUUUAAGUAGCGCUAAGGCUCGUCUUACAUUUUCAUGAAUUGAUUUUGGCCAAACUGUACAACUUAGUAACGAAUCACUUGUAAUUUUUGUUUAGUAAACCGCAAAUCCUUUUGCAUUCACAAAA